CUCACCUCUCUCUCUCUCUCUCUCACUCUAUUUCUCUUGCUUCUGCUAGCUAGAUUUCUUUCACUCCUUUUGAGCUGCUGCAUAAAAACAAGCCAUCAUCAUCAUCAUCCAUUUUUUGAGAUUGAAGGAAAUUUCAAAUACAAAAAACAAACAAGAUCUGUCUGAAAAAGGGAAAAAACACAAUGUUGUCGGAGAAGCAAGGAGAGGAAGCCAUUGUCUCGACCUUCAACGAUGCCGAGAAUGACGGCAAGGAUGCGGCUGAGCAGGCGGAGGAUCAGCCCGUUUUCAGCGUGAAAAACGCCCUCUGGCACGGCGGCUCCGCCUGGGACGCCUGGUUCAGCUGCUCCUCCAACCAAGUUGCUCAAGUGUUGCUGACGCUUCCCUAUUCCUUCUCCCAACUUGGGAUGCUGUCUGGAAUAAUAUUUCAAAUAUUUUAUGGGUUGGUUGGGAGCUGGACUGCUUAUUUAAUCAGUGUUUUGUACAUUGAGUAUCGCAGCAGAAAGGAGAAAGAAGGUGUAAGCUUCAAGAAUCAUGUCAUACAGUGGUUUGAAGUGCUGGAUGGAUUACUUGGUCCAUACUGGAAAGCCGUGGGAUUAGCCUUUAACUGCACUUUCCUCCUCUUUGGCUCUGUCAUCCAACUCAUCGGCUGCGCCAGCAACAUAUACUAUGUUAAUGAUCAUUUGGACAAGAGGACUUGGACAUACAUAUUUGGAGCAUGCUGUGCUACUACAGUUUUCAUCCCAUCUUUCCACAACUACCGAAUUUGGUCGUUUCUAGGACUUGGGAUGACUACAUACACUGCUUGGUACAUGACUAUUGCAGCCCUGGUUCAUGGCCAGGCUGAGGAUGUGCACCACUCUGGGGCUAAGAAACUUGUGCUUUACUUCACCGGUGCCACUAAUAUACUGUAUACAUUUGGUGGCCAUGCUGUGACUGUUGAAAUUAUGCACGCAAUGUGGAAACCUCAAAAGUUUAAAUUCAUCUACUUGUACGCCACAUUAUACGUUUUCACUCUGACCCUGCCAUCGUCCUCCGCCGUGUAUUGGGCGUUUGGCGACGAGCUUUUGAAUCACUCCAACGCUUUCUCCCUCCUUCCGAAAAACGCGUGGCGCGAUGCCGCUGUCAUCCUUAUGCUCAUCCACCAGUUCAUCACAUUCGGAUUCGCGUGCACACCACUCUACUUCGUGUGGGAGAAGGUGAUCGGGAUGCACGACACUAAGAGCAUAUGCCUUAGGGCACUUGCUAGGCUGCCGGUCGUGAUCCCAAUAUGGUUCUUGGCCAUCAUCUUCCCGUUCUUCGGUCCGAUCAAUUCUGCCGUGGGAGCCCUUCUCGUGAGCUUCACCGUCUACAUCAUCCCUUCCGUUGCUCAUAUGCUUACUUAUCGAAAAGCCUCGGCUCGUCAGAAUGCAGCCGAGAAGCCACCGCCCUUCAUGCCAAGCUGGGCGGCCAUGUACGCUAUCAACACCUUCAUUGUAUUGUGGAUACUGGUUGUUGGUUUCGGGUUUGGUGGAUGGGCAAGUGUGACCAAUUUUGUCCGACAAGUGGACACAUUCGGCCUCUUCGCCAAGUGCUAUCAGUGCAAGCCGCCAGUGCCGCCACACGGCCAGCAAGCGCCGCCGCAGAUCCACCAUUGACUGCAAAAAAUGGAUCCUCUCCCCGAUAUUUUAUAAUAUACGAUUGCAGUAUGCCUUAUCGCAUCUAUAGACUACAAGUGAUUGCGUGUGUUCUUUUCUUUUGGUUAAUUUUUUUAUAUUUUCAUAAAAAUUCUAGUUGAGUUUGUAGUGUUUGAAUUGUGAUGAUUGCUUGUGAAAGCAUAGGCUGAUUAAAUUAAAUUAAGUAAAGUUUAUAUAAAAUUUUAUUUUCCUUA